AAGGGGAGUUGUUUAUAUCCUUCUUAUCCUCUCUAUCCUGCUGGCUGCAGUGUACACUGCACAGUCCUGGUUUCUGAUGAAUCUUUUGCAUCCUGGUCAUCAUGUUUUUAGGAUAGUAAAUGAAAGGAAUUGGGGUGGGGGGAGAAGCAAAUUAUCAGAAAGAGAAAUUGCAGCGCGAGACAGAGUAAUAAAUUUCGGAAAAUACAAAGGGAAGAUGCUAGGAAGCCUUCCAUCGAAGUACCUGAAGUGGGUCUCAAAAAAUUUACGAGCAGGGCAUUUUGAGGAGUGGGCAAAGCUUGCAGACAAAGUCCUUGAAGACCCUAUUUACGGAGACCGAAUAGAGUGGGAGUUGGCUCUCAAUGUGUUGAGCGGCAACUCUUGUUCUUCUAGACGCCCCACUUCCGCAGUUUGUGAGCUGCAGGACAUAAGCGAGAGGUUUGGUUGGGAUAACCUUGACAAGGUUGGUUGGGCCAAAGUUGAUUUCGACCUUCUCGGCACUUCUAAAAGUGCCAGAAUUCCAAGGCUCGUUCAUAAUGUUAACCAACCCCCCCUCGUUAACCUUAAUCCCUCACCCCCACCACUUCCGCCCCUGUCUAGAAGGAUGGAGAGAAGAGAGAGGCAGAGAAUGAGAUUGAGGACACAGCCACAGCCACAACCACAAUCACAACAGCUUCAUGAAGAUCCCAUUGCUGAACAAGACGACAAUGGCAAGCAGAAUCAUGAUGGCAUUCCCAACCCCUUCCCGGGACGUCAGGCCCUUCUGGGGAGGGCCAUAAUACACCACAGCAGGCACAAGCAAAGCCAUAACAUUUAAUUUGUCUCCUAUAUGGUCAUCAUUUUUGUUCUGCUUUAUAUAUCUUGCAUUGCAUCCUUCUGAUCUGACUCUGCAAGUUAUAUCACACACCACACCAGGCAUCGUGCCCUUUACUGCUACUCAAUCUAACUGCAACUUUGAGAGUUAUUUAAAUAAUCAC